AUGGACCCAGCCUUGUCCAAUCAGAGAUUAGCACUCAUGAAUACAUGUCGCUACCCCUGGUCCAGGGACCCGUUGCAUAAAAGUUAUAAUUAUGGACAAGACUGUGGGACGCUGGAAGAAGAUGGCCUUUGGGAGAUAAAAGAGGGCACUAUCGGUGAAGGGCGGGGCGCGGCCAGUACCAUCCUGAUCGGCGAUGACCUGUGGGUCAUUGGAGGAUAUACAUAUAACGAGAAAGAAAAUAUAACCAUGUCCAGAUACAACAUUCCAUCAGAAUCAUCAUUGGUCAUCAAUACUGAAGCAGACUACGGUGUCCUUCCCAGACCAAGAUUUUCACAUUCCACAGUCUUUUACGAGGAUACAUUUUAUAUGUACGGUGGAUCGUUGUUUGGGAGUGCUAUAACAGCAGAGAUGUGGUCCUUUCAUCUUCCUAGUCUAACAUGGACCAACAUGACGGAUGGACCCUAUGCCUUGGAGGGUCACAGUGCUCAUAUCAUUGAUGAUGUCAUGAUUGUUAUCUUCGGGUAUAGUCCCAUAUAUAGCUACACUAACUUGGUCCAGGAAUAUAACAUCACAUCAGGUCAAUGGUCUGAGGUGAAGACUAGGGGAGCUGCUGUAGAAGGGGCAUAUGGCCAUUCCAGUGUGUACCAUCCCAGCAGUGGCAAGGUAUACAUACACGGAGGAUUUAAACUGAAGGCUGGUAAAGAACACAUGCUGUCAGAUCAAACAUACCAGUAUGAUAUCAAUACAAGAUCAUGGCUUUUAUUGAAGGAGAGCAGUCAGCCACGGUUUUUUCAUUCUGCAGUGAUUCUCCACGGGUUAAUGCUUGUAUUUGGGGGCAAUACACAUACUGAUAAUACACGCCCUAAUGGAGCCAAGUGCUACUCAAAAGACUUCUUAGCAUAUAAUCUUGAGUGUCGAAGCUGGGAGUCGAUAGAAAUGAGCACAGGGUUACACAACGAGGUAUCUCGUUUCGCUCAUGGAGCAUUUAUUUAUGAAGAAUCUAUGUGGAUAUACAGCGGAUACAAUGGUCUUCUCUCUACCAGUGCCUUAUUAUAUAUCCCAGGGAAUUGUUCUGUUAUUACUAAUUCUUCCGUGUGUUGUGAAGGCCUUCCAGGCCUCUGGUGCGUCUGGGAUCUGGUCAAUGAAAUCUGUGUAUCAGUUGACUCCGUCCCAGAGAUAGCCAGUAACCACUCAACCUGCCCCAUAGAAACAGAUCCACAGUGUGGUCUGAUGACGACCUGCCAAUCAUGUGUUGAGGUACCUGGCUGUGGUUUUUGCGAUGGAAACUGCAGUGGACACUGUGCUGAUAAGAUCGUGAGUCGAGAAUGCGAGCCAGCCUCCUGUUCAGUGUUCUAUAAUUGUCGGUCAUGUAACAGUCAGAACUACUGUCAGUGGUCUGGAGGAAAGUGUCAGUCAUUGCAAUCUGGAGGUAAUACAGGGUCUUGCAGCGAGCCAUGCGAUAAUUUUGCUACCUGUUCAUCGUGCCUGUCAGACAAUGCUAAUAGCUGUAUGUGGUGUCAAAGCCAACAGAGAUGUAUUGAUUCCACAACGUACAUGACUUCAUUUCCAUUUGGCCUCUGCCUGGAAUGGAGGACUAAUGUAGAGAAAUGCCCAAAAACAUGUUCUGACUACCAGACGUGUGCCGAAUGCCAGGGCGAUCCUGGAUGUGGUUGGUGCGAUGCUGGUAAUAGAGACGGACUAGGGGCGUGUAUGACCGGUAGCUACACAGGACCCAUCAACGCGGAGCUGGACCCCGUCGUUGAUUACGCCAUGUGUCCCGCACAGAGGUGGUAUUUCGUCCAGUGUCCAUCAUGCCAGUGCAAUGGUCACAGUACCUGCCCGAAAAAUUCGUCUGAGUGUGGCUUGUGCGAAGACUACACAGAAGGUGAGAAGUGUGACACAUGUCAGCUUGGUUUCUAUGGUCGGCCUCAGAACGGCGGUGAGUGUAACCUUUGCUCCUGUAAUGGUCACUCGGAUAUAUGCCACCAGACCACUGGUCAGUGCUACUGUGAUGCCAAGGGAGUGACCGGUAACAACUGCGACAGGUGUGAAACGAAUGCUAAGUACUAUGGGAAUCCUGUCAAUGGCGGAUACUGCUAUUACAAGCUUUUGAUGAACUGGCAGUAUACGUUCAAUCUUUCUGAUGAGGAGGAUAAAAACUACACCCGUAUUGCUAUGAUGACUGCCCCCAGCAGCCCCAACAGAGAUAUCGAGUUUAUAUUACGUGUCGACAGACCAGUCUACCUCAAUAUAACAUACACUGCAAGAGAUGUUGAAGGCGAGCAGACAGUGGUUGAUGGUACCUAUGUUGAAUCUACCUACAGGCGCAAGCUCUCUCGUUACGAAUAUGACUUCAGUAUAGAAGGCAACACAACUUUCUACUUCUACCUCUCCAAUUUCACAACACCAAUGUCAUUUGAGGUUUUAUAUGUGGAUGUACAGCCGGAGCUUCUUCAUUACAUAGCAGCGGCACUGGGUGCCUUCAUUGUAACGUUGCUCCUAUUUUUUGUGGGUGUUCGUUUACAGACUUGUUUGAUAACACGUCGUGAACGCCAGGUAGCCCAGUAUCACCCCCUGCUAGACUGGGUGACUGUGCUGGUGGCAUUCUUUGUCUGUUUCCUAUCUCUCCUCCUCAUAUUUCUGGCGGGCCUCAAGGUAAAGGAUCGCUAUGACCGCCAUCGUCGUGUUAGGCAACGAGCGGUUGAGAUGGCAGUAAUGGCUAGUCGACCAUUUGCAGCGGUCAAUGUGGAGGUCAGCAAAUCAGCACCACCAGAUCUAGUUGCCGAAUGCCAAAAUUAUCAAGUACUAGCCGCCCUAGAGCCAUGCAGCGACAACAAAGCUGGCAUCAUGACCGUGUUCCUACAGUUGCCCAUGCCCGAUGGCGAAGCGCCCCCUUUAGGUCAACCUCGACUGGCUUUAGCAUCGGCCCUCGUUCAGCUCAAACCAAAGAAAGCCGAGCUGAAAGAGCAGAGGGAUCGGGAGAGAGACCAGAGGGAAAGGGAUAGGGAGAAUAGAGCCCGGGAGAGAGAACAGCGGGAGAGGGAAGAAGAGCUUCAAAGACAUCAGUUACCGGUAGCGCCGCUAGCAGCGAUACCCUCUGACGAUACCCUAUCAGUCGGUGUGUUAGAUGACACUAGACACAUACGACAUCAUGCAGAGUACGAUAACCCUGCUAUGGUAUAACACCAUUCAUUCCCUUCCAUUUGAACUCGUAUUUCAACAUGUCAGACAAAUUCUCUCAAUGCCAUGUCUUUUUAAUAACUGUAGAUGGAAAUUGAAAUAGAUGAUUUUUAAUAUUAUUUUAAAAAACAUAAUUAGGGCUUUCUUCCAGCAAUUCUUUUCCUCAUGAAAGGAUAACAAUAUGAUAUGACUGGCUUCGUGAAAUUAUUUUUUUCUCAAAUUUUUUUAAUCAUGAUAUAUUUGAAUGCCCACACAUCUUCUUUUCAACUUCAUUGUACAAACUUUCAUAUGUUUUUAUUUUAUAAGCUAUCUACAUGAGUGAUGUCAUAAAACACUAUUUUGUAUUUUACUUUGCUAUGUUCAUUUAAAAAAAGAUCUCAUUUUUGUGUAGACUUAAUUAUUCAGAGAAAUUCAAUAUCCAGAUUGACUUUCAUAUUAUGUACUUACUGCAUUUUGAUUGAUAUGACUGACAUCUUGAGAUUAGAGUCUUUUAUUAAGAGAUAUAUCUUUAUUUCUAGUGCCUAAUUUAUCCUGUAUAGUAUGUGUCAAUAUUUGUAGAUUGAAAUUGAAAUGUAUUGCCAUUGAAAUACUUGAAGAUGAUUUUAUAGAUUUUGAAUGAUGACUGCGUUAGGUUUUUAUAAGUAUCACUUUUCUCGCAAAGCAAACUGUAAGGAAAUGUAAUGAAGUGGUUUGUUGCCAAAUGAGGUUUCCUCUUCAAUUGAUAUGAAUUAUUGUGCAGGGAAUAGGGAUUAUGUAAAGACUUUGUUUCAAAAUAGAAUUAUAUUUUUGGAUUGAUUUGCUUUUGAAAUUGACAGAAAUUUUCAGAAGAUAUGUAUGAAAUCUGAUAUUCAUUUAAGCAGAUUCAACAGCAUUAUAUUUUUUUGAAAUCUGAACACAUAAUCUGGGACUUACAAGCCAUUGUUCAAAUUACAUGUGUAAUUUCAAGUGGACAGAAAUUUUAUUAUGAUUUUUGCCAAUUAUAAGGUUUUAUUCAUGUGUAUUAAUUUUCCUGCUGUUGUCAAGUGAAAUUUUUGUGAUUUUAAUUAUUAUUUUUCUAUAUUCCCUAGCUUGAAUAGACAGUGAAAUGAAUGAGAAACAUUUGUGCAAAUAAUUGUACUUUUUACUCUUUUCAAGGAUAUAUUUUCACUGACAACUUGAUGAUAUUUUGUCAAGUAGUGAUUUGGUUGCAAGUCUGAAGUAUUGUUUACUUGGGGCGUGCAAAAAUUGGUUAAAGAUGCGCAUACCACAAAAUAGCAAAGUUCAACGUUUGCAUAUAAUGCUCCAAAAGAUCACCAAAAUUUUUGAACCUUUGGCAAUAGCUCAUUUUGAGUUUGAAAGACGAAUUUAAAACGUUUAAAAAGUUUGACAUUUUUGCAACAGAUUCACAUCUCUGUCAAACAAUGACUGACAAUAGUUCCAAGGCUCUACCAAAUUUUGGCUAAUUUUUGGAGCAUACAAUUUUUUUCUUCUAAAUUUAAAGCUGCACUUAAGAAGAAUCUAGCAUAUAUACAGAGCGAUAUAACACAAAUUAUGGAAUUCCCCUGGCAUCAGAUUUUCCAAAAGAAUGGAAAUUAUAUUAGACAGAAUUUUUUUUUAAAGAAAUUUUUAAUAUUUAUCUUUUGAAUAAGAAUAGAAACAUUCAGAUUCUGGGUUGUCUAGUAACAAUAAAAGUAAUUUAUUUUUAAAAUUGUAGGCAAUUUGGUUUUAAAAUUUGGUGUGUGGGGGCGUCGUGGUCUAGUGGUUAAGACCCUCGUCUUUCAAUCUGAAGGACAUGGGUUCGAUUCCAAGCCAUAGUGUGUUUUCCUUCAGCAAGAAAUUUACCCACAUUGUGCUGCACUCAACCCAGGUGAGGUAAAUGGGUACUGGCAGGAAGUAAUUCCUAAAAAAGCUGUGCGCACCGGAAUUGGUAGACUAGCUUAGCCGGGAUAAUAAUAAUAUAGGAGCGCCUUGAGCACCUAGCAAGGUGGAUACGUGCGCUGUACAAAUCCUAUGUUAUUUAUUAUUAUUUAUUAUUUAUAAAAAUGUAAACGUCUUUGCAAAUUCUUCCAACUCUUAUCUAGGAAUGAUAGUAAAGGGUGUGGUUAUGAAUGAUACAUCAGAUAGAGAGAAAGGGUGAAAUAUUGAUGAAAAAUUAAAAAGAUAGAGGAAGAAAUGAUAAAGUUAAAAUAUUGCAAUUAAAGAAAGUUGAAUGGAGAUGAAGAGAAAGAAUGCAUCAGCUUAAGUUUUAUCAUUUCAAACUGUAAAUUAGAGAUUUCUGCCAAAGUUAUUCUUACUUCCAUUUUUCUCCUUAUGUAUAUUUUUGGAAUUAGCUAGACAUACAUGUAUGCUGUACUUUUUAGAAUUCUUAUUAUCUUUUUACAAGUUUAAAAUCAACGCAAUGAAUGUAAUUGAUGAUGUAUAUACAUGUACUUAUCAAAGUGAAAUAAAUUAUUAUCAUUGAUUUCACAUCCAAAGG